CGUUCCGUUUCGACAGCGAUUGGAUUGGCGGUUGUAAAGCGCCAAACGUCAAAAAAUACAGAAAACAAACCCGAGGUAAGCUACUCCAGACUUGUUCCGGCGUGUGAGUUGGAGAUAUUUGCCGUGUAAAACAACCAUGGAAGAACUUUUCAACAAACUAUUACAAGUCAACGUGAGGUGCAAAGACUGCGAUGAGAGGAAAGCGAACAUCCGAGUCGCCAUUGAACUCCAGCUGACAACAAGCCCCGUCCACAAGAAAGACCUGCUCGUCAGGCUAACAGAUGACGCAGACCCAUAUUUUCUGUUCCGUCUGUCCAUAUCAGAAGAGGAUUUCCAGAGUUUGAAAGUUCAGCAGGGGCUGCUGAUAGACUUCUCGUCGUUUCCUCAGAAGUUUAUUGACUUGUUGAAUCUGUGCAUGUCAGAGCAGGAGUCAGACAGCCCGAGAUUCCUCCUGCAGCUGUUGUGUCAGGCUCCAGCCCUCGACAGCUCUGCUACUUUCAGUGUUGUGGAGACAAAUGCAUUCAAACACCUCAACCACUUGUCUUUACGGCUCCUUCAAGGCACAGACAAAGAGAUUAAGGACUAUCUGGUGGUUUGCUUGUCCUCUUUGAAGGGGGAGAAGCAGACGUUAGAGAUCAAACUGAAGAAGACUGAGGAUGAUCUGUCCAGGCAGCUGAGUUACACGCAGCAGACUCUGUCAGAGAAGACUAGAGAGUUGGACAAACUACGGUCAGAAUGGACGAGCCAGACCAGCUCACUGUCCAGCCGCCAUUCUCAGGACAUGAUGUCAGAGAGAGAGAAGGCCCUGGAGGUCCAGACCAGGCUGCAGCAGCAGAAUGAGCAGCUCCGCCUCGAGCUGGAGAGCGCUCACAAGAAGAGCACCAGCCAGCUGCAGAGCAAAGUGAGCGAGCUGGAAACCUCCAACAGAGAGUUGACAGAGAGGAAAUACAAGAACGAAUCCACCAUCAGGGACCUGACUAUUAAAGUCGCGGGUGCAGAGGAGGAGUGUCAGCGGUCAAAGCAGCAGAUCCUGUCUCUGCGGAGGGAGAACGGGACGCUGGAUGCCGAGUGCCACGAAAAGGAGCGUCUGGUCAGCCAGCUGCAGAUGAGAAUAGCCGUCCUGGAGCAGGAGAUCAAAGACAAGGACCAGCUGAUGUGUCGCACCAAAGAGGUGCUGGAAGCCACCCAGCAGCAGAAGGAAUCGGUGGAAGGACAUGCUGAAAGUAAAGAACUUCAAAUCAGAAAACUGGAUGCCACAGUGAAGUCACUGUCUGAAGAGCUGAUAAAGGCCAACAGCAUUAUUAAGAACCUGCAAGGGGAGCUGCGAGGGCUGCUUGGAAAAAUCAAAGUCAAAAACACGGUGACAGUGUCGCAGGAGAAGGUGCUCCAGGAAACAUCGGAGAAGCUGCAAAACACCAAAAAGGAGCUGCAAGACGCUCAGCAGCAGCUGGUCACCAAGGACGAGCUGGUCUCCAAACUGAAGGAGCAGCUGGAGACCACGGUGCAGAAACUGAACGAAAGCAGGGAGGUGUUGAAAACCAACGAGAAUGUUAUAAGCUGGCUGAACAAGCAGCUGAACGAAAAGCAGCUGUCCAGAACGCCGCAGGGUCCUGAAUCCUUCGAGACGCCCUCUGUUUUGCCCGGGACGGCUGGACUGAGGGCCCAGUUUCAGCCCAAGCCCGGCGUGCCUCUGAUGAAGGCCGUCGACAUCAGCCCUUUUGAACAGUGCACGAUGCAGCCAGCCAGCACACACAGCAGAGAGCCUGCAGGCUUGGAGUCAAAAUACUUUGAGAAGAGAGACGACAGCAUUCCACUCCAUGGUCUGCUGUCUAACCUGCAGCAGAAAGAAUUCUCUCAGAGGGCGUCAAAACACUCACUACCCUCCGCCUAUUUCUCUGCAUAAAGCAGCUGAAGAAACUCACUGCUGCUGACACUGACCCCUUUUAAAUUCACUUCCAGUUGUAGAUGUGCCUUCAGCUUUUACUAUGUCUGCAAACUUUGUCAUUGUUUUUAAGCAGCUGUGUGUCAGGAUUAUUUGCUUAUU